AUGAAGCGUUCUGCCCCGGGAGACCUUUUCACGCCGAGGAUGAGAAAACGCUUUAGAUACGAUGAUCUAGAAACGGACCAGACAGCUUACAAUGACGAACAGGACGAGGACGUUACCAAGCUGCGAUCCCCCAGCCCACAGUCGACCAUGCGUCGGUACGUGCGCGAGGUCCUAGAGAUGCUCAAUCGCGUAGAGUAUCAGGUGGACUACUUGCAGGAGGAACGUGAGGAGACACGUAUAAAACAUGAGAAAGAUGUGGAACGGUACCAGGACCGUAUUGACGGCCUUGAAGAGGAGGUUCUGUAUCAGCAAUCCAUCAUCGAUGUCAUCAGCGACGACGUCGAACGGCUCGAGCAAGAGACGGAGGGACACAAAAAAGAUAUCGAAGAGUUCAUGGAGCGCGAGCAUCGUGAUACCGUUGCGCGAAAAAAGCGCAUUGCAGUACUGAAGGACCAGAUUACCGAACUCGUUGACAACGCUAACUUGUAA